CUAGUUCGUUUCCCAGAGUUAGGAGUCUUCAUGUUCUGUCUCCCUUUCUGAUAUUUCCUACCUAGUUCUUCUCCCUUCCCUUCUAUUCCCUUUCACUAUUAUUUAUAUUCCCCAAAUGAAUGAGAACAUAUAAUGUUUGUCCUUCUCCGAUUGACUUACUUCACUCAGCAUAAUACCCUCCAGUUCCAUCCACGUUGAAGCAAAUGGUGGGUAUUUGUCAUUUCUAAUGGCUGAGUAAUAUUCCAUUGUAUACAUAAACCACAGCUUCUUUAUCCAUUCAUCUUUCGAUGGACACCGAGGCUCCUUCCACAGUUUGGCUACUGUGGACAUUGCUGCUAGAAACAUCGGGGUGCAGGUGUCCCGGCGAUUCAUUGCAUCUGUAUCUUUGGGGUAAAUCCCCAACAAUGCAAUUGCUGGGUCAUAGGGCAGGUCUAUUUUUAACUCUUUUCCAAGAUCUAUAAAGAACUUAUUAAACUCAACACCAAAGAAACAAACAAUCCAAUCAUGAAAUGGGCAAAAGACAUGAACAGAAAUCUCAGAGAGGAAGACAUAGACAUGGCCAACACACACGUGAGAAAAUGCUCUGCAUCACUUGCCAUCAGGGAAAUACAAAUCAAAGCCACAAUGAGAUACCACCUCACACCAGUGAGAAUGGGGAAAAUUAACAAGGCAGGAAACCACAAAUGUUGGAGAGGAUGCAGAGAAAGGGAACCCUCUUAUACUGUUGGUGGGAAUGUGAAAUGGUGUAACCACUCUGGAAAACUGGAGGUUCCUCAAAGAGUUAAAAAUAGUACAGUAUUUUUUAAGUGCAACCAGAACAUGUUCAUUUUCACUCGACAGUGUUAUGAAAGGCAUGGAGAAUAUGGACCCUAAACUCAUGGGAUUCCACCCUAAUACUGGUACUUGGUAGUAGUGGAACCAUGAGCAAAUCACUUCCUUUUAGAGCCUGUUUACUGUUUGUUAAAUAAUAAACACUAGUCAUUGGUCUUUGCAGUUUUAAAAUAAGCUGGCUGUAUAGUUGUCAGCUGUUAGGUUAAAAGAACAGCAAAAAUUUACUACAGUCUCCUCUCCACAGUUGUAGAAGGAUGUACAGAUAAUAGAAGCUUUAUUUUUUAGGUGUAUGUCUACAAAACCAGAAAAAAUGUCCCCUUAUGAAGUUGAAAGAAUUGCAAGUUUAAAACUGUAAAGAUGCAAUGAGCAUAAUCUAAAACUAGGAAGACUCUGCCUUCUCAUGUUAUGUAUAGUUUAGUAGCUAAAGGUGCAGACUUUGGAAUCAGUGAUAGGUGUUCUGAUCCCAGAUCUACCUCUCACCAACUUGUCAAGGUUGGUCAGGAAGUGAGGAAAUGCUGAGUCUUUCUCCCUUUUAUCAUCGAUAAAAACCUUUCUUAAGAGAAGGGAGGGAUGCUGUGCAGUCAGUACUACAGGUGCUCACUAGCUUCCUCUGCAUGUCUUUAAGUCCAGCCCUUUGAGAAGGCCUUAAACCAGUAUUUUAAACUUCUAAGUCCUUGGCUCAAAAUCCACCUGGGAACACUUAGAAAGAAUCUGCCCAUUUGUAAAUGCAGUUGCCCCUCUUUCUUUGUCUAUGGUGAAUUCCUAAGCCUAAUGUCAUUUGUUUUAUGCAUAUAAGGAUUAUUGUUAUCCCAUUCAAUUCUUAUAACAUUUGUACAAGAAAAUUGUGUCUUGGGGUUAGGUGACUGGCUACUUAGUGAUUGGAGUCAGGAUUUGAACUCAGAUCUGAGGUUUAAGUCUGUGCUUUCUUCAUUAUACCACAGUGCCUCUGCCCAUCAUGAUGGUUCUAUAUGUGAGCAGGAGACCAGUUGUGAUUCUCCUGAGUAGACACCUCUGUGAAAGGACAUUGUAUCUAAAUAAUUAUUUGAUCAUGAUUUCAUAAGGAAGAUGCUAUCUGUCUUCCCUAAGUUUGAUUUAUGGCUUGUCCCUGCACCUUGUAAUUUAGUUUGAAGGAUUAUAUAUUUCUUCCUUGCUGUUACUGGAGACAAAGAAGCAGAAGGUUGUAAAGGGUAUAGUGUGAAAAGAGAUUGUUUGGUUUUGUCCUAUUUUUAUAGGAUUGGUACAUGGAAUUUUGUGAUGUAACAGUCCAUCUUUGUUUGUAUGGUUAUUCAAAAGAAGGUUGCUGGAUUCAGGGAUAGGACUGUUUUAUCACUGUUGAAUAGGCACUUCCCUAAGAGUCUAUGUGGACACAAGGGUAGAAUAACCCACAUAUGGCAGUGGGUUACACUACUAUAAUACUAAGGGUCCUUCCAUCAUUUUCUUCUUGUCACAUGUCCUUCUAAAAUUAAGGGAAGCAUUUGUAAUUAGCAUCCCAUGCCUUUUGUCAUGCCAGCCAUCCUCACCUGCUGAUUACCUAUGUAGAAACUCCAUGACUAAUGUCUACUGGUGGCUGAAACUAAGAAAACAGUCAGUUGGCUUCUUUAUACCUGUCAGAGGUUGUAUUUUGAGCAUUUAUUAUUACUGAGCAGAGUUGUUGAUGCUUCCUGUAUUUACUGAGCAGGUAUUCUCUAACCAAAACAAUUUCCUAUCACUGUGUCAUAGUGCCUGAGAUUCUUCCUUCAAAUAGGCUCUCUUUUUCAUCUUAAAAGACUUUUGUGAUCUUCAAAAGUAAAUACCUUCUGGAAGGAUGCUGUGCCAUGUCAAACCCAGAAAUCUGAAUACAGAUCUUCACAUAUCUUACCCCAGGCAAGUCUUCUAGAUAAUGUUCUCCAAGCUUUAAGGAAGAAGUCAAGCAAGGAUUGAGAGGGCCUGGAGAGAAGUCUUUCUUAAAUGACAGCAAUGACAAGAGAAAAUUGGGCCCACAGUGCUCUGAGACAAGAGGGUCUUGUUAAAGGGAAGGAUGAUACCUGGAAAUGGGGAACCAGCUUCCAAGGAAGCAGCUCCUCUGUUUGGGAGACCUCCCACCUGCACUUUAGACAGUUACGUUAUCAUGAGACAUCUGGACCCCAGGAAGCACUGAGCCGGCUCCGGGAGCUCUGUCGUCGUUGGCUGAGGCCAGAAGCACGUACCAAGGCCCAGAUCCUGGAGCUGCUGGUCCUGGAGCAGUUCCUGAGCAUCCUUCCUGGGGAGAUUCGGACCUGGGUGCAGAUCCAUCGCCCUGGGAGCUGUGAGGAGGCCGUGGCCUUGGUAGAGGAGCUACAGAAAGACCUUGAUGGACCAGCAUUAAAAGUUCCAGUUCUUGUUCAGGACCGGGACAUUCUUCAGGAGGGGAUGAGCACUUCAGGAACUGCAGUUCUUCAUGUAUCCACUGGCAGCCACAUAACAACUGAAAUUUGCCAAAAUCCUUUUACUGACUCACUCGUGUUCAGUCUCCAGGAUGCUCAACAUGAUUCUUCUGCCCCUGAAGCUUCUGCCCUUUCCCAGGAGGAGAACCCAAGAAAUCAGUUAAUGGCCCUCAUGCUCCUAACAGCCCAGCCCCAGGAGUUGGUGAUGUUUGAGGAGGUGUCCGUAUGCUUCACUUCAGAGGAAUGGGAGUGUCUGGGCCCGAUUCAGAGGGCCUUGUACUGGGAUGUGAUGUUGGAGAAUUAUGGAAAUGUGACCUCCCUAGAAUGGGAGACCAUGACUGAGAAUGAGGAGGUGACACCAAAGCCAGCCAUUUCUCAAAGAGCUGAUUCUCAGAAAGGAACAUUCAAAAGACUUCAAGGAAGUGUCCCCCAGACCCUUGAUUUUGAGGAAGCGUGUGAAUGGCAAGUUUUGGCAAGUUAUUGGGGAACUAAAACAGGGGAAAGAGAUACUCUGAAGAAUGUUCCUCUCUGUGAACGAGAUAAGAAGAAAAGGACUCUACCAGAAAAACGAGGACAGAAGUGGAAGGAAUUUGGAGAAAGCUUGACUUUAGGUUCAGCUCUUUCUGAAAGUUUAAUAGCUACUGAAGGAAAGAAGUUUUAUAAAUGUGAUAUAUGUUAUAAACAUUUCAAUAAAAUCUCCCAUCUUAUAAACCAUCGGCGAAUCCACACUGGUGAGAAACCUCAUAAAUGUAAGGAAUGUGGAAAAGGCUUCAUUCAGCGCUCAAGCCUUUUAAUGCAUUUACGAAACCAUUCUGGGGAGAAACCUUAUAAAUGUAAUGAAUGUGGGAAAGCCUUCUCUCAAAGUGCUUACCUUCUGAACCAUCAGAGAAUUCACACUGGGGAGAAGCCUUAUAAAUGCAAGGAGUGUGGAAAGGGCUUCUAUAGGCACUCGGGCCUUAUUAUACAUCUAAGGCGCCAUUCUGGGGAGAGACCUUAUAAAUGUAAUGAGUGUGGGAAAGUUUUCUCUCAGAAUGCUUACCUCAUUGACCAUCAGAGGCUCCACAAAGGGGAAGAACCUUAUAAAUGUAACAAGUGUCAGAAAGCUUUCAUUCUGAAGAAGAGCCUCAUUCUGCACCAGAGAAUCCACUCUGGGGAAAAACCCUAUAAAUGUGAUGAGUGUGGAAAAACCUUUGCUCAGACCACUUACCUUGUUGACCAUCAGCGGCUCCACAGUGCAGAGAACCCAUACAAAUGUAAAGAAUGUGGAAAAGUUUUCAUUCGAAGCAAAAGCCUCCUCUUACACCAGAGAGUACACACAGAAAAGAAGACUUUUGGUUGUAAAAAAUGUGGGAAGAUUUUCAAUUCAAAGUCAAAUCUCAUUGACCAUAAGAGGAUGCAUAGCAGAGAGAAGCCGUAUAAAUGUACUGAAUGUGGGAAAGCCUUCACUCAGAGUGCUUACCUUUUUGACCACCAGAGACUCCACAAUGGAGAGAAACCUUACGAAUGUAAUGAAUGUGGGAAAGUUUUCAUUCUAAAAAAAAGCCUCAUUUUACAUCAGAGGUUCCAUACUGGAGAGAAUCUCUAUGAAUGUAAAGACUGUGGUAAGGUCUUUGGUUCUAACAGAAACCUCAUUGACCACGAGAGACUACACAACGGGGAAAAGCCAUAUGAAUGUCGAGAGUGCGGGAAAACUUUCAUCAUGAGCAAAAGUUUCAUGGUUCAUCAGAAACUACAUACACAGGAGAAAUCCUACAAAUGUGAAGAUUGUGGGAAGGCUUUUAGUUAUAAUUCAAGCCUGCUUGUACAUCGGAGAAUCCACACUGGAGAAAAGCCCUUUGAAUGCAGUGAGUGUGGAAGAGCUUUCAGUUCUAACAGAAACCUCAUUGAACAUAAGAGAAUCCACAGUGGUGAGAAACCCUAUGAGUGUAAUGAAUGUGGUAAAUGCUUCAUUUUGAAGAAGAGCCUCAUUGGACAUCAGAGGAUUCACACAAGGGAAAAAUCUUACAAAUGCAGUGACUGUGGGAAAGUCUUCAGUUACCGCUCAAACCUUAUAGCUCAUCAAAGAAUCCACACUGGUGAAAAGCCCUAUGCAUGUAAUGAGUGUGGGAAAGGCUUUACUUACAACAGAAACCUUAUUGAACAUCAAAGAAUUCACAGUGGGGAAAAAACCUAUGAAUGUCAUAUAUGUAGAAAAGUUCUUACCUCUAGUAGAAAUCUUAUGGUACAUCAAAGAAUCCACACUGGAGAAAAGCCUUAUAAAUGUAAUGAGUGUGGUAAAGACUUCAGUCAGAAUAAAAACCUGGUUGUGCAUCAGAGGAUGCACACUGGGGAAAAACCAUAUGAGUGUGAGAAGUGUAGAAAAUCUUUUACUUCUAAGAGGAAUUUAGUUGGCCACCAGAGGAUCCAUACAGGGGAAAAACCAUAUGGGUGUAAUGAUUGUAGUAAAGUUUUUAGGCAGAGAAAAAACCUUACUGUACAUCAGAAAAUUCAUACAGAUGGAAAACUCUGUGAAUGUGAAGAGUCUGAAAAAGAAUUCUCUCAGAUUUCAAACCUUCAUCUUCAACAGGAAGUCCAUAGUGUGGAGGAAUUCUCUUGGCUCCAAAAUGCCACUGAGUCCAAGACAGAUUCAGAAAAUCUAAUGUCAUUUGUAAAAUGAGAUAGAAUCUCUGCCUAUCUAAGUAACUGUUAGACAAACGGUGUAUUUGGUCCUUGCAAGGAAAAAAUUCACGAUUGACCCUUUUGUAGACAAAUGACUUGCAUGUGAAAGUUAAUCUAGACUUUCAAGACUACAAAAACAUAAAGCAAAUUCUAGGUAAAGAAUACUAUAUUCCAGACCAUUUAUUAUGACUCUGGAAAGGGACCUUAGAGCAAUUGAAGACUGAAGAAACUUAUGAGAUGUAAUGAUGUAGAUGUAAAUGAUAGCAAAAUAUCUUUGUAUUAAAAAUGGACAUUGUUUCUGAAAAUGUGUAUAUUAUACCUUUUAAAAAUAGUGUCACUACUAUAAAAAGUCUCUAUUGACCAUAUGAUUGAGACAUGUCAGACAGGAGUUGAGGGGGCAAGAGUCUGCUGUUGUGGACAACUUAAGACUACUAAAUUGGGAGUUAGAAGACCUAGGUUUAGGGCCUAGCUCUUUCUCUUACUAGCCAUGUGUUGUUAAGUCAGCUCAAGGCCUCCGUUUCUCUGUCAGUCAAAUGUAGACAUAAUGCCUACCUCAAAGGGUUUGAGGAUUAAGUGAAAGGACAUUUGUGAACAUAUUUUGUGAAAUUAGUUGUCAAUAAAGUUGGGUGAAAGAUAUGGUCAGAAUCUAGAACAUGA